AUGGCCCAAAUGGGACGAGCUGUGUCACGCUUACGUCGUGUCGUCGCCGUGCCGGAGCCGUGGCCAUCGAACGGGAGCCGAUGCGACCUAACGGUGCACGCGAAACGCAGUUUUUGCGAGCGCGACCUGACAAGUUUGUUAGCAAAGGGCGCUCAGCGCUCACUGCCACUUUCACCGUUGUCCGGCGCAAUGGGCGUGUCGGACGAUCAU